AUGUUAAUUUUUCUAAUAUUUACUAUUGCUUAAGCUUUUAAUGCAGAAAAUACCUACACAAUACAUACAAUUGAGAGGGACCAUCAAGACCAUCGCACCCCUUACCCUGAACUUUAUGCUGUAUAACAUGUUUUCGAUUCUAUUGGUAAAGAAAUAACCCUCCAAGACGGCAGAACAGUCCUAUGUCAAAUUCCAAUACCCCAACUAUCUAAACCUCUGAAUGUGGAUGAAUUAUCAAUUGCCAGAAUUCUGAUAGAAGAUGAAGCCAAUAGCAUUCUAUUUCCAUUAAUAGAUUUAUGUGUGCAUCAUACAACCAAAGAAUUUCUCUAUGAAUAUUGCUUUAGAAAACACGUGAGACAAUAUGACGAUUUAGAUACGAUUUAAAACAUGCAAAAGAUUUUAAAAGAGGACUUUAGUUUGGGAUAUUCGAAUUAAUUUAUUUCCAAGAAUUAUUCCUAUGCAGGUUUUGAGCCUCCUAAUUCUUCAUAUUAUUUAGAUACUAAUUAUCAUUAAAUACGAUAAUAGAUUGAUCGAUUGAUAAUUAUCGAGGGAUGCUUGGCCAAAUUGAGAAACUAUUAGAUAUCAGACAAAUUCGAAUAUCAACUCAAUAUUUCAACAUCAGACAAAAUGUAUACAUUUCGUGUGAUUCAAGUAAUCUACAAUGAAUUGCUACUACUAUCCUCAUGUUCAGAUGUAGUAAUCAUUUCAGAUUACUACGAGAUUAUUCAAUUAAAAAAAUAGAAAUCUGUAAUUAAAUAGAAUCAAUACUAUCAAUACAAGGAUAUUAUUUAUGGGUUGGAUCUCUAAGCAUAGACUAUCUUUCAUCCACAAUAGAGUCUUGGUGUAAUCUUAACAGACAAGCCAUUUCUAGUGUAAGUAAAGAAAGUCAUUGAUUACUGUGCCAUCUAAAUCUUAGGUUACUUGCCUAAUUCAAAAGACUAAAAGUCUCCCUCAUUAAUCUAAAAAUUGAUGGUAAUGGAUACCAAUGCUAUUUAUGAACUAUUAAAAGGAUCUGUACUGAUUUCAGAGAAUACUCUAUUUUAUCAUUAAGAUAAUAGGAUCAAUAUUAAUGAUUUUAUAACUUUAUUUGAUAAUACUGCUUCAGCAUUCACUUAUGUUGAAUCCUUCAGAGUAAGCUCAGAACAUAAUGGAAUUGCCAUUUUGGAUAAGAAAUUGACCAAGGGUUUGCGUUAUGAAGGAAGAGCAUUUAUUAGAAGGAGUGGCUAAUUUAAUAAACUAUCAAAUGUUAUUCCACCGCAACUCGACACCUUCGAAUUUGAUGAUGAAUACUUAAUUUCACUGAAUAAAUUAGAAUAUGAUCUCGUGCAAGUCCAUAUAUUCAACAAUCCAACUUAAGGAUAUCAAAUUAAACAACAAUAUCAAAAAUAUAUGGGAGUUACAUUUUCUAUUUAUUAAUUAAAUAAUGAGACAGCUUGCGCUUUAUUCAUCAAUCUAAUUAGCCAUAUGUAUUUAGAUACUUAGAUUAUCAUAUUGACAUAGCCUCAACCAAAUAUUUAUGUUAAAAACAAGUAUGGAAGGUAUGUUCAAAUGGAAUCUAGAUUUCAAAAUAGUAGUCUUCUAAAUCAAUUAUAUUGGAUUAUAGUGGAUACUGAAACCGACGUGUUGUAUGUUGGGAAAGGUAAUUUAAUAAAAUUAUCAAACACACUCAUUGAAUUUAAAAUAGAGAGAAUAAGAAGAAAAACUUAUUCACCAAUCAUUUUUGAAUUUGAUAAGAAAUCUAGUGGUUUGAAGAUUUAUGAUAUAAUGCCACUUCCCUUGAUCGAUUUUGGACUAUUUACUACAAACUUAUCAACGUAGUACUAUCAUCCAUUAAAUUUUACAGGGGAAAUAAAUGGAGUUUUUGAAGAACAUUAUAGAUUCGGUAGUUUUUGCAAUCCUAUUAAUUCUACGAGAUAGAGUCGAAUCAAGCUUGAAUGUUAUCCAGGGGAUUUGAUGAGGUUCAUCUCAGUUACAGAGGAGGAAACUUGUAAAUACCAAAUUAGAAUUGGAACUUAUUUGUUAUGCGACAAAAAAUAUGAGAUUUUGGAACCAGGUGAACAUCCCAUUAUGUGUAUGUUAAAAUAAUGA